AUGGCCCUACACAAGGAAGAUGUCAUGUUCGAAAGUAACAAGGUCGACCUUGAUCAAGAGAGCGGGAUCGAAGAUGCCAAAGAGAGGACCAUGUACAACUCUAUUCAAGAUACAAAUCCAAAGGAUGUUCUUAUCAAUACGGAUGCGCCAUCUCGACCGGUAUUCAGCAAGCUAAAAAUCCUCUUCUUGGCUUACCAAUCCAUUGGUGUGAUUUACGGCGAUCUUGGCACAUCACCCUUGUAUACAUUCUCGGGCACGUUUACAUCUACACCCGAUCGAGAAGAUGUCCUUGGAGCAUUAUCCAUGAUCAUUUGGACCCUCACUCUCGUUGUCUGUGUCAAGUAUUGUGGAUUUGUCUUAUCUGCUGAUGACAAUGGUGAAGGUGGCACAUUUGCCCUUUAUUCACUUCUUUCACGUUAUGCCAAUAUCACUUGGAACAAUCCCAACGCUGUAAGCAGAGCCGGCUUCAACCGCUACCCAACCGGGGACAUCAAGAAUGUGAAUCGUAGUGUGCGUACAUGGAUUGAAGACUCGAUCUUUUUGCGCCAUUUGAUCAAUUUGCUAGCCAUCGUUGGUGUGUGUAUGGUGAUUGCUGAUGGUAUCUUGACGCCAGCUCAAACAGUGCUUGGUGCUGUUCAAGGAUUACGUAUUCAAGCACCGGGUAUCACCGAUGCCAUGCGUACGGGUAUCACUGAAGUGAUCCUUAUCUUCAUUUUCCUUGUGCAGCCUUUUGGUACCACCAAGAUUGCCGUCUCGUUUGCACCCAUCGUUUCCAUUUGGCUACUUUUGAAUCUCGCAUGUGGUAUUUACAAUUGCAUUUAUUAUGAUGCUACCGUAUUUCAAGCAUUCUCCCCCUAUUGGAUUUACCGCUGGUUCGCAAAGCAUGGCGCUGAUGGCUGGAAAAUGAUGGGCGGUACACUUUUAAGCAUCACGGGUGUGGAAGCGCUUUAUGCUGAUUUGGGCCACUUUGAUCCCACCGCUGUUCGAAUUUCAUGGCUCCUCUUUGCAUAUCCUUGUAUUUUGAUGGCAUACAUUGGGCAAUCUGCCUACUUGGUUAUGGAUACUACUGGUGAAGCAUGGUCCAAUUCGUUUUACGCCAGCGUCCCUCCACAGGCGUUUUGGUUUGCCUUUAUCAUGGGAUUGCUAGCUGCUAUUGUGGCUUCACAAGCAAUGAUUUCAGCAUGCUUUUCUAUCCUUAGCCAAGCAAUGACAUUGUCAUGUUUUCCUCAACUCAAAGUGGUCCAUACGUCUCGACAUUAUCAAGGCCAAGUGUAUAUUCCAAUGGCCAACUAUCUGCUAAUGAUUGGCACGGUGGCUGUAGCUGGCGGGUUCCAGAACACGACAUCCUUAGGCAACGCCUAUGGCGCCUGCGUGAUUUCCACUGCCUUUGUCACAACCCUACUCAUGACACUGCUUUCGAUCAUUGUGUGGCGGUGGAACGUUGUUUUUGCGCUUGUCUUUUUGGUCUUUUUUGGUAUCAUUGAUGGUGCUUAUCUCACGUCGGCGUUACGUAAGGUGCCUGAUGGAGCCUGGUUUACAGUGGUGCUUGGCGUAGUGCUUGCAAUGGUGAUGGGCAUAUGGCGAUACGGCUCACUUUGCCAAUGGGACUUUGAAGAUAUCCUCAAGAAAAAUUUACGCAAGGCACGCCUGGUGGAAGAGACCAACAAACCAUUGGACACGUUAUCUACCGAAUCUUUUGUGCAAAAAAGUGAUUUGCUGAUGGUUGUCUUUGAUCCAGCAGGCUUUGAUCUUCCAUCCGCUUUUGAGCACAUGCAUAGUACGCUCAAAGUGGACCCCUCAGUCGUCAUCUUUUGUCAUGUGCGCCGCGUCAAUACGGCUAUGGUGCAACCUGAAGAGCGAUUCAUUGUUUUCCGCGAGCCAACGCGACCUCUGAUGUAUCGUGUAAUUCUUCGACAAGGAUACAAAGACUUGCUACCAGAAACAGAAGAAGAGCUUGGUAUAUUGUUAUCCGGCCAUAUCAUCAACUUGGUGGAAAGCUUGGAUGAAGCUGGCGCUAUUGCCAAUGCUCGUGAUAAUCAAAUCACUUAUCUCAGCAGUACCUCCCAUAUCGUUGCUAAACCCGGAAGCUUUUUCCUCAAGCGUAUCUUUAUUGAGUUAUAUGCAUGGCUCAAGCGUAAUACUAUGGAGAAUCAACAAGCCUUGUAUAGUGUCCCAAUGAACAAGUCCGUCCUUAUUGGCAUGCAAUGUGAUUUAUAA